CACAAACUGUUGAACUGUAGAUCAAUCCACAACAUCUAGAAUUUCACACCCACUUCAUUCAUCCAAGAUGAGGAUUUUAUUGCUAGGAAAGAGUGGAGUUGGAAAAAGCGGCAUAGGCAAUGUGAUACUGGGCAGGAAUGCAUUUGAUGAAGCAAGUACUACAGAGAGUGAGAUACAGAAUGGAAGAGUACACGACAGAUACAUAUCAGUUAUUGACACUCCGGGAUUUCUUAACUCUGACCUGACUGAAGAAGAGCUGCAUGAUGAAAUGAUGAAGAGUCUUUCUCUAUCUCAUCCUGGUCCUCAUGUGUUCCUGCUGGUGAUCAGACUGGGCAAUUUCACAGAGGACGAGACAAAUACAGUGAAAUGGAUCCAGGAGAACUUUGGAGCACAAACUUUUAAGUUCACCCUGGUUCUGUUUGUUGGUAGAGAACAAAUGACAAAUAGAGAAUGGAUGGUUUUUACACUCAGUAAAAAAUGUCAGGAACUCGUCAGCCAAUGCAGAGGUAAAUUUCACGAGUUAAACAGUGAAAGUGAAAUUAAUCCAUCUCAGAUUACAGCCCUUCUAGAGAAGAUUGAGAAACUCAUCAAACAGAACAAUGACCAGCAUUACACCAUUGAGAUGUUUCAAAAGGCUCAAAUGAAGAUCAGGAAAGAAACAGGACAAAAAGUACAAGAACACUCCUGGAAAGUGAUUGAAAAACAGAAAUCAUUGGAAACAGUACAAUGGGAACAUGAGGAGAUGGCAUCAAGACAGCAAUUGGACCAAACAGUCAUGUUAGAUCUCAGGAUUGUGAUGGUGGGGAAGACUGGAGUUGGAAAGAGUGCAACAGGAAACACCAUCCUGGGAGAAAAGCUGUUUGUAGAAGAUUUAUCUUCUGAAUCUGUGACUAAAGAAUGCCAAAAACAUCAACAGACAGUAGAGGGCAGAACCAUCUCAAUAACAGACACUCCAGGACUGUUUGAUACAUCGAUCAGUAAUGAAGAACUGAAGGAUGAAAUACAGAAGUGUGUAGAAAUGUCUGUUCCUGGUCCUCAUGCGUUCCUGCUGGUGACCAGACUAGAUGUGAGAUUCACAGAAGAAGAGAAGAACACAGUGAAAUGGAUUCAGAAGAACUUUUCACAAGAGGCGAUGAAUUACACUAUAGUUCUGUUCACUCGAGGUGAUCAGUUAAAAACAUCAAUUGAGGAGCAUUUGAAUAAAAACGAUCAGCUGAAAGAGCUUGUGCAUCAGUGUAAAGGCGGAUAUCAUGUUUUUAAUAACACAGAAGAAAAUCCAGCACAGGUGACUGAACUGAUAGAGAAGAUCAACAGAAUGGUGAAGGAGAAUGGAGGCAGACAUUACACAAAUGACAUGUACAAGGAGACUCAGAUAAAAAUCUGGCAAGAAGAAGAGAAAAAGAAGCAGGAAGAGGAAAAAAUGAUUCGAAAAGCUGAGAAAAAAAGGCUAGUCCAAAGGGUAAAAAAUGUGGCCUUAGGAGCAGGAACAGGAGUUGGUGUAGCAGGAGCAGCUGCCGGAGGUGUAGCACUAGUUGCUGCAACAGGUGGAUUGGCAUUACCUGCGGUUUUAAUAUUAGGAGGUGCUGCUGUUGGAGUGGGAUCGGGUGCCAAACUUAUUUCAAACAAAGUGAAAGCUAAGAAGGAGAGGAAGAAUUCAGCAAACAAUGCAUAAACAGUUGCAAUUUUUGCAUGGGAGACACUAAAGCAAAGGCAUACUGGAUAAGGUACAAUAACAAUAAUUAUUAACAGUAAUAAUGCAACUAUAAUUAAAUUAUGUAAACACUAAAAAUAUUAAUUAUUAUAAUUGCUCUAGGUGACGGUAAUCAUUCAAUUCUCUUUUUCUGAUAUCUAAUCAUUAUAUUUUUUGGUUACUUAAUUAAAAAAAAAGGGUUUAUAGAGUGUAUAUAUUAUGGCUGUCAAUCAUUUAAAAUCUUUAAUCGAAUUAAUUACAUGGUGUCCCAAUUAAUUAAUCGCAUUUAAUCGCAUAUUCAAAUAUUU